UUGUUGGGUGAAUAAUCCUCCAUUCGUUAGGGCGAGUUAUUUUUGCUCGCUACCAAAGUGUUCAGGAUCAUCGCUAGCGUGAAACCAGACGGAUUAAGAUACUUUACAAUCUAAGUGGAAAGGAGACCGUUACUUUCGGUAUUUGGCGGGGGGAAACGAGUGACGACAUCGAGUUGCUAUUAUGUCGGGUUCGUCAUCCACGAACGAGCAACAGGAACAAGAAUCGCCCCAACAGCAGCAACAAAAUCAGCGAGUGGAAGAUGCAACCCCGGAGGAGGAACACUGUUCGCAGUCGAAAUGGGUGUGCGAAUACUGUACAUACGAAAACUAUCCGCUCUCACUUAAAUGUACCAUGUGCAAGGGCCCAAAACCUCUGCUUAACGAGGAUAUAUUUCGCCUGAGCCCCACACAGCAGCUUUCCGCGACCAAACGCUCUAAUCCGAAUCUAGAGAGCAGUAUCGUUGCUACGACGACGACGACAACAGUCUCCGAGCAAGAAAGCAACCAGCGAUGGUCCUGCGUAGCUUGCACGUACUUUAAUCUUCCUCACACCAAACGAUGUCUGCAGUGCGAUACGAUACGCAAGGACGAUCCGGUGCCGGGACCAGCAGCAUCGUCACGUUCCGUCGGUGGGGGUUACAAACACCAGCAGCAGCAGCUUCAACAGGCGCAACAGCCAAAACCUUCACAACCCAGAGGGAAGCCCGAAUUCGACAGCAUCAGCGAGCAGCUAAAUGCGAUGAACAUUUGCCGAAGCGGUAGUUCCGAAGAAGAUACCACGGAUCUGUUAAUUCCCAGCAGUACCGGUGAGAACGGCCUUGUCGCGAAGCGCAACCGCAACAACUCACCGUCAUCCGCUGCAUACGGAUCUAGCUCGCGACCGACUACGACGACGAAUGCACUGGAAAAUGAGGCCCCGGCUGGGAGCUUUAAAAAGUCCUCCCCCGUCAACACUAUAGAGCGUGCCGGAGUAGCCAGUCCCCCGCACAAUGGAGGCAAAUGGUUCUGCUCCGUGUGCACUUACGAAAACUGGCCCAAGUCGCUAAAGUGUUCGAUGUGUUUGCAUUCUCGUGAGCCGACCGCGGGAAACGCUGGCGGGAAGAGUACUCCACUGGCCGCUAAAGCAUCACCGGAACAUGAUGAAAAUAGCAUCAAUCUUGCCAGCAACAUCAUGGUGAACAACAAACGAAAUCAACAGUUUGUUACGGAAGGCAAAAACAACAUGGACGUUUAUCAACAGGAGCGUCACUUGCGCCUACUGCGCCGACAGCCGGACUGGGACUGGUUGAAUGCGUGCAUCGGCAUCGCAGAGAACAACAUCGGUGCGGUCGAAGCGUACCUCGAUUGCGGCGGUGACCCGAGCCGGGCACUGACUCCGUCCGAGGUGCAUCUUCUCAGCCAGAACAACUGUGCAUUUGACGUCGGCCACACGCUGAUCCAUCUGGCCAUUCGGUUUCACCGGGAUGAAAUGUUGCCCCUGCUGUUGGCCCAAAUAUCCGGCUCCGGUCCCGGUAUCAAGCGGGUACCAUCGUACGUAGCUCCGGAUCUAGCCAGCGACAUAAGACGGCACUUUGCGCAAUCGCUACGUAUACGUAAAGCUUCGUUGAAUUGUCAGUACGUGAACGAGCAUGCGACGUUUUCGCUGCCGGCUGACAUCGAGGAGUUGCCUCUGGCCCUACAAGAGCAGCUGUACGAAGAGCUGCUCGACAAGGACGCUCAGAAGCAGCUAGAAAUGCCACCGCCAGCCCUUAACUGGUCGCUGGAAAUAACCGAGCGGCUCGGUUCCCGUUUGAUGGUGCUUUGGAAUCGUAGUGCUGGCGAUUGUCUGCUCGAUUCCGUGAUGCAAGCCACAUGGGGUGUGUUCGAUCGUGAUAACACACUGCGCCGUGCGCUGGCAGAUAGUUUGCAUCAGUGUGGUCAUAUAUUCUACCCACGCUGGAAGGAGAACGAGCUGUUCCAGGCGGCACUACUGCAAUACACAAUGGCCGAUCGGCAGCUGGAAGAGGACUGGAGCACGCUCCUGUCGCUCGCUAGUCACCCGGGUUCUUCACUAGAGCAGCUGCACAUUUUCGCCCUGGCGCACAUCAUGCGACGUCCCAUCAUCGUGUACGGCGUAAAGUACGUCAAGAGCUUCCGCGGCGAAGAUAUAGGAUACGCACGCUUCGAGGGCGUCUAUCUACCGCUCCUGUGGGAGCAGAGCUUCUGCAUUACGUCCCCCAUCGCGCUCGGUUACACGCGCGGUCACUUCAGUGCGCUCGUACCGACCGAACCGUACUCGCGCAUCGAUGCUACCCGAGACGACCGGGAAGAUAUCACCUUCCUACCGCUGAUGGACUGCGAGAUGAAGCUUCUACCGGUUCAUUUUCUGAACAAAAAUGAAAUUGGCCGUGAGGAAAUGCUCAUCCGGCAGUGGUUGGAAGUGUGCGAAACUGAGGGUGGUCUUCUGGUCGCACAGCAGAAGCUUCACAAACGUCCACUGUUGGUCGCUCAAAUGCUCGAAGAAUGGCUUAAUCACUAUCGGAGGAUAGCGAUCUCGAGGUUGUUUUAAAAAUGUGUUUAGUGUUAACGUAGUGCGAAAGAAAUUUCCGAGCAACGGAACGGUUCAAUUCCCCCCGUGUAACGCACGUUAUAGGCUUUUAAAUUUACCGUUUCGUUCUGUCAACUAACCCUCAAAUUAGGGUCCCCUUUUCCUCACAACGUUGUGCUUUGAUAAUGUAGAUUCACAGACGCUUAGCUCGCGACUAGGUUCUCUGUGAGUGUUUGGUGCUGCUCUUAUCAUCAGUGAUAAUUCGAGACAACCUUGAGCUUUUCUGUUUCACCGUGGAGGUAUUCCAUGUGUU